CGUGAAAACAUUCACUGGCACGUGUACUUUCCACCGGUGUGUUUUUCGCUGGUGUUAAAUGUAUUAAAAAUGAUAACAGAGGAAAAUAAAAGUCGGAAAAGGAAAACGUCUACCAGUGGGGAUGAUGUUGAAUCAAAGCAGAAAAGGGAAAGUGUAGAAAGUGAAGGGGCAGAGAGUGAAAAAGAAUUGAUGCAAAGUGAGUCUCCUGAGGAGAAUAAACAAAGUGCGGAAAUCGGACAGGAGCAUCAGGAACGCAACAAAUUCAAGGAUAGAUAUCACGAAGGCGGUGAUGCCCUGGAAGGCAAAGACGACCCUCCUGUAGAGGAGAUUCGAUUCGCGAGUAGCUUCGAUGUGAGGGGCUUCAGGAGGAAAUUACGCGGGGAUGAUUUCAUCAAAGAGCUUCGACAUUUCCUCUAUUUACACGACUCAGGGAAACGGGAUGUUGUCCAGAAGUUUCUUGAGAAGAAAGGGACGGCUCUGGAGAUAGUGGAGGCUUUCAAGAAACUGGAUACCGGCAAUAGGUUCAACGUUCACUGCCUCACCCGAGCACUGCACCUAGUCCUCGAGCGGAUAGCCACGGACCAUCCGAACGAAUCGGACGCUGCGGCGGGAGCAUGCCGCUACUUCGCAAAGUCCUACAGUAACCUCAUUGAGAAGCUGCUAACUUCGUGGGAUCCAAGCUAUCGGAAAACCGGACUCCAGAUCAUUACUGUGAUCGCAGUCACGACACCCGAUAUGAUUCGUACGCUGCUGGGUUGUUUCAAUAUUUUCGAUAACAAGGAAAAGCUGUAUAAAUGCCUGACGUCGGAUAGGAAGGAAAACCAGGUGUCCGUGAGGGAAGUCUUUUUGCGUAUGAUAUUAUCACUUCUGGUCGACGGGACAACGUUCGUGAUUCGGGUAUUGCUGGAGAAGUAUGAACUGAUAGCCACUGCCUUGGAAGAGUUGGUGUACGACGAUCAUGAGACGGUCAUUUCGGUGGUGACAGCGUUCAAGAAAUGUGUUUUAGAAUCGCUGUUAAUCUCCAAAACGAAGAAAGUUCACAUCUUCGACUUUGACAACAUCAAAUCGUUGCUGAGACUCUUUGAAUGGAAAGGUCCAGCUUUCCUUCAACCACGGCAAAAACUGGCCCCGAGACCCACUGUUGAUGAGGAGAAGUUACACUCGGUGAGGGAGUGUGUCUUGGACUUUCUCAUCUUCUUAUUGUCAAGUCGAAAGUACGGCAUAGCCUUCGACGCCAUGACCCACUUCAAACAGCGAAAAAACGACAUCCAGAAGAAAACACUUUCAAUCAUCGAGGAUCCCUGGGAGUAUCCUCAAAAGUAUUUAGUCUUCGCAAUUCUACAAGCGUGUCCGGAACUUGCCGAAGGCAUGAUCAAACAUUUGUGCUACCAAGUGAGCAGGACAAUGUCGUGUAAGGUAAAAGCCGUCCGACUGAUUGCGGAGAUCGUCACCGAGCUACAUCCGAAUGUUAUGCGAUCGGCACUAAGUCAGAUAUCGCUAACAAAUCUCACACAAUGGAUCAAACAGCUUUGCCUGCCAUUGCCCGUGUUGAAAAUUGUAAGGCAAAAAACUUUCUUGCAAUCCAUCGAAGAUCCGGAGCAUCGCGUGGUUGCCAUCGAGGUCCUUUCAGCUUUGUUCCGCCAGUACUGCAACUACAUGACCACCAUCAUCGAACGUGAGAAAUUCAAGGGAAAUGAUUUGAGAAAAUUUCGUUUUGACAUGCUGGAUUACUUGUUUCUACACUUCCCGAGUGUGGAGAACAUUCUUCUGAGUCUGUUCUUGACGAUCGAAGAGCCCGAAGGAUUCUUGAUCGACCAUAUGGAUCUCACGUUUGAUCUGCUUCUGAACAUCUGCAAAGCGAAUCGAUCAUUUGUGGAUAAAACCGCUACAGUAAUGGAUUAUAUCAAGUUGCUCUACUCUUUCUUUGAAUCCACAGACGAGGAAAUGCUCGCAGUGAAACUCAAGGGCAUGAAACUUCUGCUGAUGCUAAAUCCGAAGUCCUUGCUUCCAUCGCAGAAAUUGUACUUCGAUAUCUUGGAGAAUUUAAGUCUGAUUUUCAUGAGUGACCAGGAAAAUACACUAAAAGUCAACCCUAUUCUGCAGAAGUUGCUGUUGAAUUUGAAUAUUUUUGAUAAUGGACUUCUCGAAAUUGAUAUUUGGCUUCAGGCCAUGAAAUUCGUGGACGAAGAUGCUAGGUCGGAUGUAGCGAAAUGCUGGAAAGUUAUGCGGAAGGCGAAAGAGCUAGACAUGUCGGCUUACUUCACAAUUGAUUAUACAUCGCGGAGCAAUCUGAAGAGCCUCUUCCAUGACAUCGAGAACGACGUCAGCGUUCAAGGCUAUAUGGAUAUCCCGGUGAUGAGUAAAGCGCUCGUUCUGAUGCUGAAUAAUAUUGAGGAGUACCCCAAAUGUGCCAAGUACUUUGAAUUGGUAGCGUUUUUCCUGUUUCAUUUUAUCCCUGCGCCGAGAGCCGUGCUGGAACUGUACAGCACCCAUUACUCGACGUUCUACAAAUACAUGUUUUCUUGGUUAGAUAAACAAAAGCCGGGUAAACUUAAAUCGAUCGAACUGCGUGGCUUCAACGAAAUGUACUCCGCCGUGCUUGAGGGCAGGUGCGAUUUUAGCGAAUCUUUCCGAGGCGAAACUCAAUUCAUGAUCGAUGGAAAGGAACUGAUGCUCGAUAGCAUAUUGCACCAGGAGAGCUACAUAUUGAUUUUAAUCUACGAAAUCUGCUUCGUAGUAUCACAAUUGGCGGAAAAGAAAAAUUUGGAAGAAAUACAAGUGAACGCCGCUUCGCAUUAUCUAAGUAGUUUCCUCCAAAUUCUGAAUAAACCUCCGGAGAAAGAAGACAGCGAGGAAAUUGUCGCAAUUGAUACACCCGAAUCUGACGAAACGGAAGUCACUCGCACGGAACAGGCGGUAAAAUAUAUUUACUGCCGUCACUUACCACUUUUGCAAAAUUUCAACAUUUUUGGCGAAAUGGCAUCGGAUCAAAACUUUGUGAAACUCAUGUGCAAUCUUACCGAGUCAAUCGCUAACCUGAAGCUGGAUGCUUUCAACUCCCUUACAUCGAAUUUCCGUGCGAAAAUUGUCAAUCAAAUCAUUGCUGCCGUUUCGGAAACAUUACAAAACGGGACAAUUCCUUCAUCGGAAUUAUUAGUGAACGUGCUCGAGACAUUCCAAAUGUCCGACGAAAAUUGUCUACUUCUCCUUGUACACUUGUCACAGCUACAGGCCGAGCACUUCAUUUUAGACAAUCACAAUCGCUCCAUCUACUUUGACGUCCUUGUUUCCGUUGUAAACCGAUUUGCUUCGCUUAAAACAGUUUCUCAGAAUAAAGAUUUCAUAUCAAAAAUUGGUAACAUCUACGUUAAACUCAUCACAAAAAUAAAAACAGAAAUCAAUCUUGAAAAGCUCGAGGAGUCUUUCUACAAAUUCCUGAAAAUAUCGCAUCAAUGCAUUGAUCUUAUUUCAAAGGAAGUAUUUCUUGCAACUUUCGAGAACCAGAGGAUUGCCAAAAGCACUGUGAAAUUUGCGAGUCUGCUAUUGGAGCGCAGAGCUGAUUUAACAAACGAGUUUCUGUCUCUAGUGCCAGCGCACUUAUCAAAGAAAGAAUUGAUCUAUCCCCUCCUCAACAUCACCAUACUCUCAGGUGCAACCAUAGAUCAAGAACUUUUGGACAGCAUUUACAAAGAAUACAAAAAUGGCAUAAUGAAAGCCAUCGAGAAGCCUCAAAAGGCAGCCGUCAUCUACAAGGAGAACGUCGAAGCGUCAAUAUUCCUAAUAGAAAAAUGCAUGCCCACUAUCGACUUCUAUAAGAAGUCGCUGAAAAGCGACUCUGUGGAGAUAUUUCAACUACAAAUGAUUGAAGCCAUCUUCAGAAAGGAGAUGCAGGCCUACAUCGAAGAUGUCGAUACCCAAGCGGUGAUUUUCGUCAACUUCAUCAACUGCUUUAUCCAACACUUCCAGAUAGUCAUGAAGCGCGAACAACUAGAUCCUUUGAAAGUGUCUUCCAUCUGCUACUCCAUCUACAACUGGUUUGAAAGUUACAAAGCUCUGGAACUCAAAUACGACACAUCCGCAAUAACGGAGUCACAAGCUUGGCAGACUUUUUGCAAAAACUGUUUGAAGUUUGGCAUGCGCGCUAUCGAGGAUAAGGAACAGCAAAUAUCCGGAUGCAACGAUACAACCAAUAGUCUCUUCUUAAAACUACUGGCCUACCUCUUCGAGAAGCUAUACGAGACCAACACCAACCAACCACACGUCGCGCUAUGUUUUGAAAUGAUUACGUCGCAUUCACGCUUCUUCGAUAUUGUAUUGCCGUCAACCCCAAGCCUUGUUAAAACUCAUCUGAUGCAUCUCCUGCUCGUGUUGGCCCAGAAAAACCACAGCGUCAUGGAUGAAAAGCAUAUCCCGGUGUUAUUAGGAGCAUAUAAUGCCAAAUUAACAAUUUGCGAUCGUUACACCCUAGCUUUGUUACAGCUAUAUGAACAGACAGGAGUAAACUGCAGCAAGUAUAGACCAUUCGUUUGGGGUGAGUGGGCCAUCGAUCAGUACUCCUUAAGAUCGCAGGACGAAAAAGCUAUUUUGCAACAAGACCUCUCGAUAGCUCAGCUAAUGACAAUAGUCGACAGAGCUACAAGCGAUUUUACUAUAGAAAACUUCCCAAUCUGGAGGAACCUGGACACACUAAGCCAACUACCAUCAGUGGAAUUUGAGAAUCCCAAUGUGCAGUGGAAAGGAUAUGGCCGAUCUGUACUUGAGCGGGCGAUCGAAGCUGGAAAACGUGAUUUCGACCACAUCUUCCUGAAACAGUAUCCCAUAAACCAGAACAUCUAUGACGAUUGCUACGAUCCCGCUUUCAUCAUUCCUCUCAUGGUGAUGUCCUUAGCCCCAGGAGUAUAUUUACAUCCAGUCAAACCUGUUCAAAAUGGUCUCCUUGGAAUUGCAUUCGCAGCACUGUCCAGUUUCGACAAAGACAUGCGUUUGGCUGCAGGUCUAGUGCAUCUUCGUUAUCGGGAACACUUCGAAAACAACAAGUUCUUAGAUAAACCCUUAUGGAUUCAAGCCUACGACAAUAUUCAGACAGGUCUCGAGGCUCUGCAAGAACGCUGGGCGAAGCAAAAGAAGGGUGAAAUCCCAAGGGUUCCAUAUGUGUCUGGAGUGUUUUUAUCGGUGGCAAUGUCGACUCUUGUCAAUCCUCUGGACCCCAUGUACAAAGUUCUUAGCAUGUACCUUCGCGUGAAAGAAACAUUCAACUUCCUAUGUGUCCCGGAAUUUAACGUACUUUUCCAUAGCCCGGAAGUAGAUCAUCUGACCUACCGACAAUUCAUCCUAAAUACCAUUCGGAGUGGCAUUAAAUGCAGUUCAGACUUAUUCCUCCUAGUCACGACCGGAACAUUCAAGGCGCUAAUGGGUUUUUACAACACAACAAUGUCAACUUUAGACAUUAACUUACGAAUCCUGGCCAUAAUAAAUACAUGCGUGAAAAUUCCAGGCUCGGUAAAAUUGAUGAUCGAUUACAUCGGCGUCAUCGUCUGGCUGAAUUCAGUGAUUGAUGCUACCGAAUAUUUCCACUUUGACACCAUUGAGGCGAUCAUCAGCAUCAUUAGUAACAUCUGGUAUGCCCUUAAAGCAGUUGAAAAAUCGCGCAGUCAAUUGAUUCACGUGGAGGCACGAUUGUUCCAGUUGCUCGUGAAAUUGGCACCUUUGCUUUCAAGUCGACUGAGUCUAAGUAGCUUCACUCAGUUCUUGAAUAUUUUGGCGAAGACUGCAAAUGGAAAGAAUCGACAUAUUACAGAAAAGUGGUUGGAUCAUAUAAUUGGAUGCACGCAACGACACUAUCCUGAUCAUAUGUGGUGCAUUGAGAACAUGAAACAGUUUGGAAUUAGUUGCAUAGAAAGUGACGAGUCCUAUUGCAAGGCUUUGAAAGAUAUGGAGUUGGACGAUAUGCAGAUUUUAGGAUUAUUAAGUCUUCGGAAUUUUGUUGUUAAAUGGAAAGAAUUAGAUGUUAAGGUAGAAAGUUAGGAAUUUAUAAAUUUUAUAAAAUUUUGUUUGAAUAAAUUUAUUCAAAAAU